UACAAAUAGGCAAUUGGUGCUGAGUAAGCAUCAAAACUACGGGUUUUCACAUGCAUGCAAAGGUUAAGAAUAAACCACGAAUCCAUAUGAGCUCAUUUUCUGCAGUUUUAUCACGAGUUGCAGUGCAACCAUUUCCGAAAUUUCAUCAGUUUCUUCCCUCAGCCCCCACCCUGAAUUUCCUCCAAAAUCACCCUUCACUCUUGGGAAUAGCCACCUUUUGUCUCUUCCUUUUUAUUCAAUUCAAUUUAAUUCAAUUCUCACCGCCACAUCUCACGAAUAUAUACAUUUUAGUCUCACCAUUCUUAAGACUUCAAAAAAAAAAAAAAAAAAAAAAAAAAAACAUACUACACAUUCUUUGAUAAGUUUAAUACUUUGGUCUAGCUAGCUAGCUAGUCUCAUUUAUUUUUGUGAAUUGCUAUUUCUCGAAAUUAAACAUGGUGGACUUGCAAGAAAUUAUAGAGCCUUUGAGCCCGAUGAGCGAAGUCGAAGUUGAAGAGAACCAAGAAUUUGAUGAUGAAGAAAUCAACUAUGAUGAUCUCAAACGUCGCAUGUGGAAGGACCGCAUGCGGAUGCAGAAGCUCAAGGCCAAGAAGGAAAUUAAUAACACUUGUAGCAAAGAUUCACUAGUAUUCGACCUUGAUGACGACGAGGACUCACAAUUAGCUAAGCAAGAACAAUCUCGCCGCAAAAUGAUGUCAAGAGCUCAAGAUUCUGUCCUUAAAUACAUGGUAAAAAUCAUGGAGAUUUGUAAAGGUCAAGGGUUCGUUUAUGGGAUUGUGCCCGAAAAGGGGAAGCCAGUGACCGGUUCAUCGGAUAGUUUAAGGGAGUGGUGGAAGGAAAAGGUUAGGUUUGAGCAAAACGCACCUGCUGCUAUUGCAGCAUUUUUGCCUAACUUAGUGGAAGAAAACGUGUUGGAUCCAAAUUCAUGCAUGCAUCUUUUACAAGACUUGCAAGAUACUACUUUAGGCUCACUCCUUUCUGCCCUUAUGCAACAUUGUAUCCCACCACAAAGGAGGUUCCCUUUGGAUAAAGGGUUGGCCCCACCAUGGUGGCCCACAGGGAAUGAACUUUGGUGGGGUGAUCAAGGGUUCUCACAAGAACAAGGUCCUCCACCUUAUAGGAAGCCUCAUGACUUGAAAAAAGCAUGGAAGGUGAGUGCUUUGGCUGCCAUUAUCAAACAUAUGUCUACUAAUUUGGAUAAAAUGAAGAGGUUGGUGAAACAAUCUAAGAGCUUGCAAAACAAGAUGACAGCUAAAGAAACAGCUACUUGGUCCAAAGUUGUUAACCAAGAAGAAGUCCUUCUCAAGCUGACCAAAAAAGCUCUCAAGAUUUCAACAUCAAAAGAGGAGGAAGAAAAUCAAGAAAAUAAGGGCAAAGAAGAUGAAUAUCUUGCUUUGGUACCCAAGGGUUCAACCCUGAGGAGAAAGGAGAAAAGGAAGGGUAUUUUUGAGAGCAACAUAGACAUGGAGGAUGUAUUACAUCAAGACUUAAAUUGCGCGCAAAGUCAGUUAGGGGUUGGAUUUCCAUACAAGAAUUCAAGAAUUGAGUCCGAGGCAAGUUGUUCUUACCGCGAAAAGCACACGAUAAAUAACCAACAAAAUAUCGAUAAGGGGGAGGACCAAUUACUUAAUUUGUCCAUCAACAACUUCCCUAGCUUGAUUGAGGCACAACCUAUACCACACGAAGAAAUAAUGGCUGGUCAUGGCCAACAUGAUUGGGUGAACAUGGAGAUAAAAAGGAGCUUCGAAAACUACCAUGCACAAAAUGGUACAGGUGGAGUUGUGGAGAAUUUCGAAGGACUUUGGGGAGGCCAUGUCCUUGAACAACUUCAUUAUGACCCUGCCACUUAUGGAAACAUGAACUUGAAUGAUACACCACCAGAAGAAGAAGAUGUUCUACAUCAUCAAGCUCCAAUUUCUGUUUGGGAUUUGGCAUAUGAGGAUACAUCGGAUUAAAGCUAUAGCUAAAACGAAUAAUUAGUGUUUUAUUCCUUCUCGAACAGUUCAUUAUAUUCAUAGAUUACUCGCAUUGCCCUUUUUUUUUUGGUCAUUGUCUAUGGACAUAUAUAAAAAGAAAAAAUACUUAUG